UCCCUUCCUUCCCGGGGCGGGCAGACGGGCCUCUGCGUCUGCAGGCGGCGGACGGGCGGACGGGGCUCGCUCCCUCCCUCGCUGACGGCUUCCUUUUGUUUUUCUGGACGGCGAUGAACGCAGGGCCGGUGCAGCGGCUGCGGGCGCAAGGAGGCCGGCGCUCCUAGCCACCCUUCCCGGUCUGGUCUCGUCGCACUCAUCCUAGGCAGCGGCCAGCGCCUGCCUCAGCGCGGCAGCGCCGAACUUGGGGAUCUGGAAGCCCGCGGACUGCGUCCUCCGCUGGAUCAGGGCAUGGUCUAGGGGCCCCGCCCAGGUCGUGGAACCAGCCCCCGGAGGUUCUGAUCGCUGCUCCAUCCCCACCUGCACUUGGCCUUGGGAGUCACACGCGCUAUGGGCAAGCAGAACAGCAAGCUGCGGCCUGAGGUGCUGCAGGACCUGCGGGAGAACACGGAGUUCACGGACCACGAGCUGCAGGAGUGGUACAAGGGCUUCCUCAAGGACUGCCCCACCGGCCACCUGACCGUGGACGAGUUCAAGAAGAUCUACGCCAACUUCUUCCCCUAUGGCGACGCCUCCAAGUUCGCGGAGCACGUCUUCCGCACCUUCGACACCAAUGGCGACGGCACCAUCGACUUCCGGGAGUUCAUCAUCGCGCUGAGCGUCACCUCGCGGGGCAGGCUGGAGCAGAAGCUCAAGUGGGCCUUUAGCAUGUACGACCUGGACGGCAACGGCUACAUCAGCCGCGGGGAGAUGCUGGAGAUCGUGCAGGCCAUUUACAAAAUGGUGUCCUCCGUGAUGAAGAUGCCCGAGGACGAGUCCACCCCGGAGAAGCGGACGGACAAGAUCUUCCGGCAGAUGGACACCAACAAUGAUGGCAAACUGUCCCUGGAAGAGUUCAUUAAAGGUGCCAAGAGCGACCCCUCCAUCGUCCGGUUGCUGCAGUGCGACCCCAGCAGCGCAAGCCAGUUCUGAGGGGCCCAACAUCUGGACGGUGACAGAGAAACACAGGCUCGUCCCACCGUUGAAGCUUCGCUUGCAAAAGUGGAUGCCUCCUCAACCAUUCCUGCUCUUCCGGGCCAGCCAGGUGACCCGUGGCACCUGCCCAGCCCAGUGGCUGCACCUCCCUCUGCCGCCUGGCCUCCCAGCCCCCCGCCCCGUCCCGUCCAGGGUGACUUCCAGGGAUGUGUACCCGCAGGGCUCAGUGUUUGGGCCUCCAGGGCACCGCCUCGCCUGCAGGGGGCCCGGAGGACCCUGGUGGGACUUUCCAAGAUGGCACCAAAGCCAGCUGAUUUAUUGUGUGACUGCUGGUGCCUCCAUGUGUAAGGUGAGGACAGGAGCAGAGGGAGAGGAGAUGGCAGGCCCUCCCCGUGCAUGGCACCACCUGGCUCGUGCGUGUCCUCUGACCAAAGCCACCGCACGUCUGUGUACUGUGGUCUCCCUCCUUUGAACACAUAAACCAUGUGUAUGGUGAUGUGGCGUGUCAUGUGUUGGUCCCGUAUUUAAUGCCUCGAUCGCCUCUGAAGCGUGGUUCCCUUGUGGCCUGUGACCCCUCCAAGCCCGGUUCUCUUGUGGUAUUUAUGCCCUCAGUCUGCCCCUUUCAGAAGGAAGUGCAUGCGUGCCUGUUGCCGUGGAGACGCUCAGGUCCACGUGGUGAAUGCAGCGCCUGUGUGAGGUCCGUCCUGUUGAUUGGUCUGGCAUUUCCUGUAUUAAAAUGAUCCAAUAAACAGAA